UCUUCAAACCCUUAAACCCCAAAAACCCCUCAAACAAGAUUAAAAAAAAAGGCUUGUAACUUGGAAGCUCUCUUUGUCUCUCAGACCAGCCCUAAAACCCUAAAUCCAACCAGAAGCUCUCACUGUCGUUGAUUGAUGGCGGACACUGUGGUUUCGUUGGACAAUAUCAAAGCGUUCUGGAAUGCCCAGAUUCAUGAUGAGGAGAAAUGGGCUCUCAACAUGAAACUGCUUCGUGCUGCAGGGCUCUUUGCUGGAUCCAUCUUUUUGAUGCGGAAUUUUGGUGAAUACAUGGCAAUUUGAAGAUGGAUGUUGACUUCUUAUGUCAGUUCAUAAUUUCCUAUUAAACUAGCAAUAAUUCCUCUCCUCCCCACCGCUGAAAUGAGUAAAUUUGUUGCUUUCAUGGAUCAUGUUUAAGGUUCGGUUAAAUUGAUAAGCUUUCCAUGUUUUUGCUUUCUAAGUUUUGAAUGUUAAAUGAUGAAGUUUCUAAGUUUUUGAUUUCAGUUGUGUUCA